CAAAGCUAGCCCACAAUAAGGGGCACUUACUACACUCAAACCCACUAUAGGGGUACUUUAUCUACAACAAGUGUAGUUUUAUUGGAUUCAAUAACAAAAAUAUAAAAAAAAACUAAAAGGCUAUUUUCGACUUAAGAAACACUUUUUGUGAAAAACCCUAGAGAGAAAAAAUAAAGAGGGAGGCAGAUAGUGAUACUAUAAUAACUUCAAAUAAAAGUAAAUCUCUUUCAAAAACCCAAAAAAAAAAAUUAAAAAAAAAAUAAGGAAAAAAAAAAAGUAAAUUAACGAAUCAAUUACUCCACAGUACAGUAAAAUUUUAGUUCAGUAAUAUCAAAUGGAAAAAAAAUGUGUAGUUAAAAAAAAAGCACUAAAUAUUUAGCAACGGAUACCACUAAUACAAAUCCUAAUAAAAAAUUAAGUAUAAUGUCCCACUUAAAUCACUUUCUCAACGAGCUAAAAAAACCCCGCCUCGUAACUUAGAAAACGAUACCUCCCUCCCACUUCUCCUUCCCCUUUCUCUCUCCUCUCUCUCUCUCUCUUUCUUCUUCCUUCUGAAACGUUUAUAAACAAAAUCCUCUGCAAAUUUCACCUUUGAAAACACCUUCUUCUUCCUCCAUUUGCCUCUCUCUUCCUUGAUCAAAUUCCAUGAAAAUGGCGUCAUACCAAAAACCAUCAAACACCCACGAACUCAGACAAAAAAUCUUCACCUCCAUUGACAAACUCUCAGACAGAGCAACCUUCACUCAAGCUUCUUCCGAACUAAAUUACCUCGCUAAAUCAAUUUCCUUAGAUUUUCUACCAACAUUUUUGUCAUGUAUUCUCUCAAUCGAUUCUUCCUUGAAAUCCCCUGUUCGUGUUCAUUGUAUUACUCUCCUAUCUCUCCUAAAUAACACCCAUAAACAUUUUCUCUCUCCUCAUUUACCCAAGAUCAUCCCCUUUUUACUCCGUCGUUUAAGGGAUUCCGACUCCUCUGUUCGCAAUGCCUGUGUUUCCGCCGUCUCCGCGUUGUCCCCGUUAAACUACCCGCCUUUACUUGACGCAACUCUCGGGUCGAUAUCGAUUGAACAAGAUUUAAACGCGCAGAUCGGGUGCUGCUUGUGCCUGAAGGCGGCCAUUGAUGCAGGCGGUCUCGAAGAGAAAGAAGUGAUUGACCUGAGAAAAAGGGUAUUGCCUAAAGCUAUGAAGUUGCUCAAAGGAGACGGGUUUAAGGCGAAAGGAGCACUGUUAGGUGUGAUUGAGAGUGUUGUUGGCGUUAAAGAUGGCGUUGUUAUUAAUAAUAGUAACAAUGGUGGUAAUUUAGUUGGCAAUGUGGUAGGUGUUGCUGUUGAAAUGUUGAGUUCCGACGAUUGGAUGGCUAGAAAAUCUGCUGCCGAGCUUUUGCUUAAGAUGGCGGUUGUCGUGGAUGAGGACUCUGCCGCUGAGGUUAAGCGUUUUGUGGUCAAUUCCUUGGACUCCAGGAGGUUCGAUAAGGUUAAGGUUACCCGUGAAAUUAUGAACCGGGCAUUGGAGGCUUGGAGGGAGGUUCCUGGUGGUCCUGGGGAGGAAAUCGCUUUAUCUAGAUCUAAUUCAUCAAUUUCUAAAGAAAGUGGUGCAGCAGGUGGGGUUUCACCUCCUAUCCCAAGGAGAUGUUCAUAUGCUGGCACUGAAACUCCUAAAUCAAAGAAAGCAAUGGCAAAGUGUAGGUCAUCUUUGUCUGAUGGUCCAAUUGCCACUAUUUCACCUUCCAUGUCCCCAAGCACUCAAGAGAGUAUAGGACUUGAGACGCCGCAAAGGAAGGAAACACUCUCGAAAAGCAGAUCAUCCUUGUCCGAUGACUCGACUAUCACUGAUUCUUCUUCGGUCUCAAAAAGUUCCCCUGAUGCUGCCUUUGAAGCUGCUCAGUCCAAAAGAGCUGUGUCCAAGGGCAGGUCUUCUUUGCCUUUGAAGGCCAAUGAUAAGAAGUCGAGUUUGUACCAAAAUGCUGAGCCUAAGAAAUUGUCAAAUUGGAAGGUUGAAUUAGCUGCUCUUGCGGCUUCAUCUGAAACGGUUGAAUCAGAUGUGAGCAGCAACUUUGUAAAGAAGUCCUUUGAAGGAAAGGUGGAAAAGGUGCCAAAGGUUGAUGCUUUCAAACCUGGGUCUCGUGUUGUUCCUUUCUCCGAGGAAGAUGAGCCUCGGAGGUUGGACUUUGAUGGAGGAGGAAAUGAAGAAGUUGGUGAAAGCAAUGCAGACUCUGAGGACCUGUCUUUGAUCAGAAAACAGCUUCUUCAGAUAGAGAGACAGCAAUCUGAUAUGAUGGUUCUCAUCCAGAGAUUUAUGGGUAAUUCUCAAAGUGGGAUUGACUCUUUGGAGACUCGAGUAUCUGGCCUCGAGAGAGCAUUGGAUGAGAUCUCCCAUGAUUUAGCUGUGCAAAGCGGAAGAAUUGCCAACAAUGACUCAGCAGGAAGCACUUGCUGUCCUAGUACAGAAUUCCUGAGUCCGAAAUUCUGGAGAAGAACAGAAGGAAGGUCGUCCUCUAUUCCAAAGUCAUCUUGUUCAGGAAGUAUGCCUAAUAGAGGUGUUAGUCUAGAAGCUGCUCCACAGAUGGAUAGUUUUAAGCAUCACGAGCAGAACGAAGGCUUUUACCGGGAGUCAUGGGGAAGUGUCAAAGGCAUUGGCCAAACUGCCCAGAGAGGAAGAAACUGCAGUCCCAGAAGCUUUGAUUCAGCUUCCACUGCUGCUUGUUUUAAUUCAGUGGUUCGAGGAGCAUAAGACUACAGCAAUUGCAAUGGAUGAAGUUUAAAGCACUUUUAAGAUAAGAUCCUCAAGCUUCAGCUACUAGCAUUCGACAUGGGAUUGUCUUUGAUGACCGUGACUACUACUGAAGCUUGUAUAUUACUUGGUUCAUUUGACCUUGAGUCCUUGACAAAAGGGAUGUAUCAUGUAUUUAACUCCGAAAUGUGUCAUCAUCAAUUUGAACAUCCACAUUGUAUUAGGCGUGACGAUUCAUUUCGCAGUUAGGCUGGUGUUGACAGCCGGUGAUGAUCACCAUUCACGUUUGCUGUGAUCUUUGAGAGCUUGUGCUUGAUUUAUUUCGGAUUUGUUUGUUGUUGUGGAGGGGUAUAUAUAUGAUGAUGUUUGUACAGGAGAAAAAGAAUGAGAAGAUAAAAUCUUGCCGUUGCUAUUAUUCAUA